GUUUAUAGUGAAAGAUUGUUUCUGAUCGAUAACCAUGCGGAUGUUCUUUGAUUUAGUUCAUGGUUGGGUAUUGGCCCUUCCGCUGCGCUCCCUGCUGUACACAGCUGGAUAUGCAGCCACGACCGCUACCGUUUUCUAUUUUGUUCGUAAAGUUGGAAAGAUAACUGAUGCAGACCCAGAGGAAGCAUCUGCCAUCGAAGACUCCGGCUCACCCUCCGAGGUUCCUCAGGACCAGGCCAUGCUACCUGCUGCUCCGUGUUUUACUGCUGAGAGCACUUUGGUUAACGCCGGAGAGAAACUUGAGAUGGUUAUGGAGUCUCACCUGCAUUUUGAGAUGACCAGCCUGUUGAAGGAUGUGGAGAUACUGAAAGGCAAAUUUCAGGACAUGGGAAGCCAGACCUGUGAGACACAGAAGAAGCAAGACGAGAUAUCCAAGAAUGAAGCCGAGUUGAAAUAUCAGGAGGCUCAGCUGGAGAUUGAGAACUUGAAGAAGUAUGUGGAGACACUUAGAGGCACCAUUCAGGACAUGCAGAUCCUCAUAUAUAAGACUCAACUCAACCAUAACCAGGAGAGAGAGAGAGAUCAUAAGGCUCAUGACUCCCUUCAGCUCAAGCAUGAAAAGACGAUGAAGAAGCUGAAACACUGUCAAGAGUUACUUUCGGAGUGUGAGAGAGAGCGAUUGGCUUACCGAAACCUGACGAUCGACGUCAAUAAUACAAAUGAGUCUUUGACUGACAUAUUAAAGAGUUGUUUGAAGCAAGUGUGGGAGAAACAUCAGAAGCCUUUGGAGUCUUUUGAUUACCUGCAGUUUGAGAAUUCCAACCUGAUGGAGGAGGUGGAGACACUGAAAAGCACAAUUCAGGACAUGGGCAGCCUGAUCUAUGAGACACAGAAGAAGCAAGACAAGGAGUAUGAGCGACUGUUUCAGGCUUCAAGCACCCUCCACUUGGAGCGAGAACAGAUGAAGAAGAGUUUAAAUCUUUGUGAGCAGUUACUAAUGGAAUAUGAGAAAGAGUGGGAGGCUCACUAUAACAUCAAAUUUGAACACAUUGGAAUGAAUACAACUCAAACUGAGGAGUUACUAAAGGUAGCCCUGGCUGAAGCUAUGGGGAAACUUCGAAGGGCUAUAAAGUCUAUGGCUCUGCUGGAGUGCACUCUGAUAGACAAGUCAGAGACACUGCAGGAGAAGGUGCAGAAAAUGGGAAGUCUGAUCUCUGAGUCUCAGGAGAAGCAUUACAAGGAGUUUGAUCAAGAAUGGCAGGCUCAUAACAUCCUCCAGGCUGUGGUAGAAAAAUUGAAGGCGAAGUUUCACCAUAGUGAAGAGUUACGGAAGAACUGUGAGCGAUGUCAAAAGAACAAAUAUCUGAUAGGAGACAAUGUGCAGUACAUGGAAAGUCUGCUCUAUGAGAAUCAGAAGCAGCAUAGAAUGGUAAAACCAAAAAAAAAGAUGAUGCACACGUAAAAAGGAAUACAGAAUGUGACAACCAUACUGUCCCUUUUUUUUGCUAAAGGACACAGCAACUGAGACUUUUUUUUUUACCUAAUUUAAAUACAUUUGCAUUCAGAAUCCUGAUCAGCCAAGAAGACUUUAUUGCACCUUACUUUUUUUGACACCAAGAGGACUAAAACAAAAGAGAUGUUUGUUGACCUUGUGAGGAUACGUAGAGAUCACACCCUGCUGAACAUCAAGAGUUCCUUUGUGGAUCUUGUGGAGAAUUCCAGAUUUCUUGUGUUCAUCUGGCUAAACCAAGAACCAGAACAAGAACCUUACUUGGUCCCUCAACACCAGCGCCAUGACGAGGAAAACACAUUACCGUCUACUUUUGAGGAGGCUUAGAAAUGUCCAGCUGCUACCACCCACCCUCACAACAUUCUACAGAUCAUCGAGAGCAUCCUGAGCAGCUGUGUCACUGCCUGGUUUAGCAUAAAUUUUGUUUGUUUGGUUUUUUUGUGCAUUUCCCAGUGCUUUACAAUAAAAUGGUAAGAUUUGUUGAGA